UCUUUUUAUAGAGGUAGUAAUAGGUAGAGGGAGUUUAGGGAGGACGGGAGGAGAGGUGGAGGUCAGAGGAUGUGCAUUUUUCCUCUGUGUACGCUCAACAAUCCUAUUGUGAUGGACUCUCUGGCACAGAGGAUCGGACAUUUGACUGCCCUGCUGAAUACCAAAGUCUGUGUGCUGUUGUAGGGUACUAAGGGGCUCCUAGGGGGUCUGGGGUCUGCUCUGGGGCCCCUCAGAAUGCAGAGGAGUGGUGCAGGAGGAGUGACAGAGAGCAGUGCAGAGAGCAGGUUCUUGCUGUAUUCACAGCCAACGCACGCUUAUCUACCUCGCUGAACCACCCAGCAUGGCUGCCCCAGUACUGCCUCUGACCUGCCUGGUGCUCCUGAGUCUGGUCUCUGAUUCCUCUCAGAUUCAGUGGUUCAGGUUUCUGUGGAGCCAAGAGAAGACCACACCUGCUUCUGCUGUCACCACACCUGCACCCACCACUACAGCACCAGAAGAGAGCACAGUCCCCGUCCUCCCAACCUCCCCUCCUCAGCCCACUGAAGGAGCCAGCAAACCCAGAGCUAAGAGACCUCUCAGAAUGUGGAAAAGUGAGCGAGGGUCCAAGGGUCACCUGGUCCUGACUGAGCUAGUCGGCGUUCCUCUUCCUCCUUCUGUGUCCUUUAUCACUGGCUAUGAGGGUUUCCCUGCCUACAACUUUGGGCCUGAUGCUAAUGUAGGUAGACUGACCCAGACCUUCAUACCUGAGCCAUUCUUCAGGGACUUUGCCAUUAUUGUCACCCUAAAGCCUGCCAGCUCUCGGGGAGGCAUGCUGUUUGCCAUCACUGAUGCCUCCCAGAAGAUUAUUCAUCUGGGCCUGGCCCUGACAACUGUGGAGGACAAGACCCAGAGGAUUGUACUGUAUUACAAUGAGCCAGGAGCCAGUGAUACCCAGCAGGUGGCUUCCUUUAAAGUGCCUGACAUGACACAGCAGUGGAACCACUUCACGCUCACAGUAGAGCACGAGGAGGUGCGGCUCUAUAUGGACUGUGAGGAGUACCACAGUGCCCCCCUGAAGAGGACUCAGCACCCUCUCAGCUUUGAGCCAGGCUCGGGCAUCUUUGUUGCAAAUGCAGGCAGUACUGGCCAGGAGAGAUUUGUGGGCUCUAUCCAGCAAUUGGUAAUAAAACCAGACCCCAGGGCAGCUGAAGAACAGUGUGAGGAGGAUGAUCCUGGCGCCUCUGGGGACAGAAGUGGUGAUGGUGAUUUUGAUGAUGAAGAAGACCAAGGCAGACAUGAGGAUAUCAUUGAUGGAACAAACAAGAGAAAAGAUAAGACACAUCAACCCACCUCUCCUGUGCGAGCCCCACCCACUGAAGAGGAGAACUUCUCCGGACAUGUGAACCCUAUAGACGAAAGGCUACUUCGAGGUACUUUCAAAACAGACGAAAAGAGGGAGAGUACAGGCGAUAAUGUUGGCCAGGGGCAAAAGGGGGAGCGUGGUGCUCCUGGACCUCCAGGCCUUCCGGGUCCCCCUGGACCUCCUGGAACACCUCUUCCACCCAAACAUUCAGGGCAGCCCAGACAGAGAGGCCCACAAGGUCCAGUGGGUCCACCAGGAGUACCAGGCAGACCAGGGAAAGAUGGACAACCUGGAAGCAAAGGUGAAGAAGGAAAACCAGGACAAAGAGGACCAUCAGGAUUUCCGGGGUUAUCUGGAGAAUCUGGUGCUAAAGGGGAAAAGGGUGAUCCUGGAGAGGAUCGGCCUGGACCACCUGGUCCACCAGGUCCACCAGGGCCUCCUGGACCACCAGGAUCAUCCAAACCAGUUCGAGUUCCAUAUGGAUUUGAUGCUCUUGGUUCUGGAUUUGGAGAUGUUGACAUUGAUACAGAACUUCUAAAAGGUCCACCUGGUCCUCCAGGGCCUCCUGGGAAACCUGGCCCCCCUGGUUCUAGCAGCCCUUCAGAGGGUAUGCUGCCCGGACCCCAUGGCUUACCAGGUGCUCCUGGCAAAGAUGGCAGAGAUGGGCUCAUGGGGAAGCCUGGACUUCCUGGUGUUCCUGGUCAGGAUGGCUCUUUUGGACCGCAGGGACCGAAGGGAGCAAAAGGUGAACAAGGAAUAAGAGGACCUCCUGGACCAAAGGGUGAAAAUGGCGAUCCUGGUCCGAGAGGUUUACCUGGUACUAUAGGCCCUAUGGGACCAAGGGGCACACCUGGACCACCUGGUCCUCCAGGUCCACCAGGCAGUGGCUUCAUCAUGGACACUUUGAAGGAUUUGGAGGGUUCUGGUGAAAGCGGAUUAUUUCUUGGAGCAGGAAUUUCAAAAGGCCAUGAAGGACCUCCUGGGCUUCCUGGCCCACCAGGACCUCAGGGACUUCCUGGUGCUGACGGACCUCCCGGUUUGUCUGUAAAGGGUGAACCAGGAGCUCCAGGACUUGAUGGAAUACCAGGAUUAGCUGGUUUACCAGGAGCUAGGGGACCCAAGGGAGAGAAGGGCAGUACAGGAGAGAAGGGUGAGCGAGGUCAUGAUGGACUGAACAUCACAGGGCCUCCUGGUCCCCCUGGCCCACCUGGACCAAUUAUUAACAUCCAGGAUCUCUUUUCAAAUGAUACAGCAGCCAUAUUCAACUUCACUAAGAUCAGAGGACCCCCAGGCCCUAUGGGCCCUGAGGGCUUGCCUGGCAGAGCAGGAUUUCCUGGACCAAGAGGACCAAAAGGUGACAUUGGUUUUCCUGGUAUUCAGGGACCUCCAGGACUGAAGGGAGAGAAGGGGGAGCCUGGCGUAUCCAUUGCUGCUGAUGGUUCUCUAAUGACAGGCCUGAGAGGACCCAGAGGACCAAAGGGAAGCAAGGGAGACCGUGGCCCCCCUGGACAGGCCGGGAUUGUGGGACCAAUUGGACCAUCAGGCCAAAAAGGGGGAUAUGGAAUUCCUGGUCGACCGGGUCGGCCUGGAAUGGUUGGAAGGAAAGGGGACAAGGGAGAUGCAAGUGGUCCACCUGGUCCACCUGGACCUCCUGGGCCACCAGGUCGAGUGAUUGGCCUCAAUGGAACAGUUUUUCCAGUCCCUCCCCGACCACACUGCAAAACACCAGUCAACAACAACAAUUCACAACAAGUUGAUAGAAGAGAGUCACUUGGAUUCAAAGGAGAGAAGGGUGAUGUAGGAAAUCCUGGGUUGCCAGGAACUCCAGUGCCUAUGUUUCCUGAUGGUUAUAUGGUUGCUAAAGGUGAUACUGGCUACAAAGGGCAGAAGGGAGAGAAAGGGGAUCCAGGUCUGCCUGGCCCUCCAGGGCUCCCGGGGAGAACAGGCCUUGUGGGACCCAAGGGUGAUUCUAUUGCUGGUCCUCCUGGGGAGACUGGAGCCCCAGGCCUGCCAGGACUGCCUGGCUAUGGAAGACCAGGACCACAAGGACCACCAGGACCUCCUGGGCCACCAGGUUCCUUGUCAGUGCAUGGCUCAGCCUCAGCUGUCAGCCUCCCUGGACCUCCAGGUCCUGCUGGGCCUCCUGGUGCUCCUGGCCAUAGAAACCCAGUGAACACAUAUAAAAACAGCCAGACCUUGAUCAGUGAGACCCGUCAAGCUGCAGAAGGGACUAUGGGAUAUGUCUUAGACAAGAGUGAGCUGUACAUCAGAGUACAAGAGGGCUGGAGGAAAGUUGAGCUGGGCGAGCUAAUCCCAGUUCCUGAAGACAGUUCUUCAUCUGCUUUGUCACAAGGCCUGAGCAGACCAAGUGACCAAAGUAUACCCAGAGUACACAGCCAGGAGUUAAAGAGCAACAUGCCACACUACAAUGUUCUUCCGCACACUGCACACUCAGUGCCUGGGUUGCACCUUGUGGCACUCAAUGCCCCAUUCUCAGGGGACAUGCGUGGAAUCCGAGGGGCGGAUUAUCAGUGUUACCAGCAAGCCCGUGCUAGGGGCCUUACAUCUACGUACAGAGCUUUUCUUUCCUCCCACCUACAAGACCUCUUCACCAUUGUAAAGAAAGGAGACCACUUCAGUUUGCCAGUGGUGAACCUCAAAGGAGAAGUGCUCUUCAGUAACUGGAUGGCCAUGUUCUCUGGAAACGGGGCCAUUUUUGAUCCACUUAUUCCAAUUUACUCCUUUGAUGGUCGAAAUGUCAUGACAGAUCAGGCUUGGCCUCAGAAACUGGUGUGGCAUGGGUCGAGUACCGUGGGCAUCCGCAUGACAACUAACUACUGUGAGGCAUGGCGGACAGGUGACAUGGCAGUAACCGGACAGGUAUCUCUCCUCCAGACUGGCAGACUGCUUGGGCAGCACACACGUAGCUGCUCGAACCACUUCAUUGUGCUUUGCAUUGAGAACAGCUACAUACAGGACUCCGGAAGGAACUAGAAUUUGGACUGAUACCAUCUACCCUUUUAAACUAAUGUUCCUCUCAUACACUGCAGAUGUAGGAAGCAGCAGUAGCUGGACUGCUGGGGAAAUAUCCAGUCUAACUCCUUUUUUUGUGUUUUAGAGAGAGAGCUCUUGUGUGAAGUAACACAUCAGAGAAAAUGGCACUGCACUCAUGUUUAACUUCUUCUCUGAGCAUGAUGUAAAUAUGUGUAAAUCACCCUCUGACAUUGUUCAAUCUGUGACCCAAUUGACUUUCAUUCAACUAUUAGAAUACAAAAGAAUACCUCAGUAAGACAUGUGUAGAUCUUAUUCCAUUGUACAACUUAACCACAUUACAGUGUGCCUUCUCAGAUGGUUUUAGUCCCUUCUCAUCAUGACUAAUAUAGAGGUUUUUUUUUUUAUGUGUAAUGCAUUAACUACAGAUUUUAAACUACAAACUUUUAUAGUUAUGAGCUCUUUUUAAUCUGAUUAAAUCUGUCAAUUUUUAGAUAUCAGUAUUUGGAUAUAUCCAAACAAGGGAUUUAUUUUGUUGGCCCAGAAAAGCAGAAAGUUGCUUAAAUGCACUGUGUUAAAAUUUGCAUGGGACGGGAUGGGUGUUUUGUCAGUUUUGGUUUGUUUUUCACACCCAUGAAGGCUCUUGUCUGUGAACUUGCCAUCAAAGUAUUUAAAGGGAAAGUUCACCCCAAAAUUAAAAUUCUCUCAUCAUUUACUCACCCUCAUGCCAUCCCAGAUGUGUAUGCCUUUCUUUCAUCUGCAGAACACCAGUGAAGAUUUUUAGAAGAAUAUCUCAGCUCUGUUGGUCCAUGCCAUGCAUGUGAAUGCUGACCUGAACUCCGAAGGUCCAAAAAGCACAUAAAGGCAGCAUAAAAGUAAUCCAUACGACUGUGGGUGAGAAACAGAUCCCUAUUUAAGUCAUUUUUUACUAUAAAUCUCCACCUUUGACCAGCCCCAACCAAUACGUGGCGAUAUGCACAAAGAAUGCAAAUCGUCAAAAUGAAAAGUGAAAGUGAAAGUGGAGAUUUAUAGUACAAAAGGACUUAAAUAUUUAUCUGCUUCACACCCACACCUAUCAUAACGCUUAGACAUAGAUUUAACCACUGGAGGCAUGUGGAUUGAUUUAUGCUGCCUUUAUGUGCUUUUUGGAGCUUCAAAGUUCUGGCCACCAUUCACUUGCAUUGAAUGAACCAGCAGAGCUGAGAUAUAAGAUAUAAUGUAAAAGCACAUAAAAACCAGUGACAAAUACAUACUUUAAAAGGCAUUAAUUUAAAAUGUUAACAGUUUCCACAACCACAUUAGAACUUUUCACUCUGUUUAUGAUUUCAUAUUUAGGGAGACUAUCAUAAAGUAGGAAAAAAGUAAUCAUGUUUUUGCUCUUUAGAAGUCAGAUGUAUGUGACAAUGACUGAGAGAAUCCCCUUUUGCACAAUUGAAUGGUGCU